CCUCUCAUUAAACUCACUCUCCCGGUCGCUGUCUCUGUCCGGGAAGGUUGCUUUCAGCAAAACCGCCUGUUGGGAUUCAUUUCAGUGGUGAGCUACAAACAGACACGCUUUCCUGCUGUUUUCUGUUUAUCCCGGACGUCUGCAGUAUAUUCGUGUGUUUGCGAGCCUGCUGUGUGUUUACUCUAUUAUAACGGAAUACACUCGAAUCUUCUCCCUGUGAAGAAAGAGGCGACGGACCGCCUGAACUCAACUAGCCGCUAAAGUCUCAUCUCGGCGGGGGUCUUGUUUUGUGUUUAACGGAGGACCCUGGUUCUGAGAACCCCCACAAAAUGGAGAAGUUAGAGAAGGGAAUCAAGCCAGUGGAAGAGUGUGAAUCUCCCGAGGACGAAGUGGUUGACCCCCGGAUCCAGGGGGAGUUGGACAAGUUGAACCAGUCUACAGAGGACAUCAACCGCUGGGAGACAGAGCUGGAGGACUGUCGUCAGAGGUUCCGCGCGGUGCUGGUGGAAGCCACAGUGAAGCUGGAUGAGCAGGUGAAGAGGAUCGGCAGAGCUGUAGAAGACUCCAAACCUUACUGGGAGGCCAGGAGAGUGGCCAGACAGGCCCAGCUGGAGGCCCAGAGGGCGACAGGGGAGUUCCAGCGUGCGGUGGAGAUCCUGGGGGCGGCUAAAGAGACCAUCGCCCUGGCAGAGGAGAGACUCCUGGAGGAGGACAGCAGACAGUUUGACUCAGCCUGGCAGGAGAUGCUCAACCACGCCACCAACAGGGUGAUGGAGGCGGAGAUGACGAGGACUCGUAGCGAAUUAGAGCACAGAAAGACGGCGAACCACUACAACGCCUGCAUCAGUCAUAUGAGACAGCUCGAGAAGAAACUCAAACGCACCAUCAACAAGUCCAGGUGUGCCAUAUUUGAACUGAAGGCGAAAUACUACCUAAAACUGGAGCAACUAAAAUGUUGCGUAGACGAGCAUCAGGCGAAACUGACCGUCGCCAAGGCAGACUACCGCACAGCGCUGCGUAACCUAGAGACCAUCUCAGAGGAGAUCCACGCCCGGCGACGCUCCAUCACCAUGGGAACCAGAGGAAGGGGCGUGGGGGCCGAGGGCGAGGGAGGCCAUGAGGACAUUACCAACUUCAAGAUGGAGUCAGACGGACUGUCCAUGGUGUCUGUGACGUUUGAUGAAGAAGGAGGAUCAGAGGAAGAGACAGAAUCACACUCCACUUCCGCUCCCCUCGACAUGACCUCCUCCUCCCAUCAUCCCUCCUCCUCCUUCACCCCCUCUGGCUAUCUCUCCUCUGCCACCUCUCUCCUCUCCUCGUCCUGUCCCAGUACCAUGGAGGGACCCAGUCCUGGCGGCUGGCUAAGCCCAGAGUCGAGGUGUGGUUCAGGGCAUGACUGUACUCACCUCGGCCCCCGUUCCCAGUGCAGUGGGGCCUCCUCCCCAGACCCAGACUGCGACCAAGAGAGAGGGGACAGAGCAGAGGGAGCAGAGCAGAAGUCGGGUCUGGGUAAGCUGACCUUGACCAUAACACACCCACUGCAUCCCGGGAAGGAUGACCCCAACGGUGACCCUAAGAUGACCUCUAGCCCCACACCCCACAACCCAUAGCCCCGUUCCCAUCAUCCUCCUGACCAACAGCGAAUAACGGACAGAAGACUUCACCUCUCACAUCGUAUCAUUGACUCAUGACCUUUAAACCUGAACUCUGAACUAUGAGGCUUUCUAUGGACUUAAGUGUUUAUGUUCACCCCAGAGGGAAAUCUGAAAUCAGCCCCUAUUCCAUACAUAGGAACUAAGGAAUAGUGGAAAUCAGUGGAGGCUGAUGGGAGUAGCUAUAGGAGGAUGGGCUCAUUUUAAUGGCUGGAAUGGAAUGAAUGGAACAGAGUCAAACAUGUGGUUUUCAUGUUUGACUCAGUUCCAUUCAUUCCAUUCCAGCCAUUACAAUGAGCCCAUCCUCCUAUAGCUACUCCCAUCAGUCACCACUGGUGGAAAUAGGGUGCCAUUUUGGAUCUUGUCCAGAACUGAUCGGGAGGAAUCUGGAAGGGGAAGUCAACAUGAUGGAUACCUGGGGAUGGUGGGGGAGCAUAGCCAGCCCAGUCGAUGGUCAACUCCUUAAAAGAUUCGAAGGAAGGGUGUGAAAGAGACAUUGCUAUGGCUGCAUCCUGUCACAAACGGUGCACUUCCACACAUCCUGUCACAAAGGGUGCACUUCCACACAUCCUGUCACAAAGGGUGACUUCCACACAUCUUGUUACGGACUUAAAAACAAUGGAUUGUGUAAACUGGAGGGAGUUUCCACUAUUGUUAAUUGUUGGAAUAACCCUGGAGAGAGAUGUUGACUGUUGACUUGUGGUCUCAAUGGGGAUGUGAGACAGAGGUUAGUGUGGUCUCAGUGAGGAUGUGAGGCAGAGGUCAGUGUGGUCUCAGUGAGGAUGUGAGGCAGAGGUUAGUGUGGUCUCAGUGAGGAUGUGAGGCAGAGGUUAGUGUGGUCUCAGUGAGGAUGUGAGACAGAGGUUAAUGUGGUCUCAGUGGGGAUGUGUGAUCUCAGUGAGGAUUCCCCAGAGGGGAUGUGAGACAGAGGUUAAUGUGGUCUCAGUGAGGAUGUGUGAUCUCAGUGAGGAUUCCCCAGAGGGGAUGUAAGACAGAGGUUAAUGUGGUCUCAGUGAGGAUGUGAGACAGAGGUUAAUGUGGUCUCAGUGGGGAUGUGAGGCAGAGGUUAGUGUGGUCUCAGUGAGGAUGUGAGACAGAGGUUAAUGUGGUCUCAGUGGGGAUGUGAGGCAGAGGUUAGUGUGGUCUCAGUGAGGAUGUGAGGCAGAGGUUAAUGUAGUCUCAGUGAGGAUUCCCCAGAGGGGAUGUGAGACAGAGGUUAAUGUGGUCUCAGUGAGGAUGUGAGGCAGAGGUUAGUGUGGUCUCAGUGAGGAUGUGAGGCAGAGGUUAGUGUGGUCUCAGUGAGGAUGUGAGACAGAGGUUAAUGUGGUCUCAGUGGGGAUGUGUGAUCUCAGUGAGGAUUCCCCAGAGGGGAUGUGAGACAGAGGUUAAUGUGGUCUCAGUGAGGAUGUGUGAUCUCAGUGAGGAUUCCCCAGAGGGGAUGUAAGACAGAGGUUAAUGUGGUCUCAGUGAGGAUGUGAGACAGAUGUUAAUGUGGUCUCAGUGAGGAUGUGAGACAGAUGUUAAUGUGGUCUCGGUGAGGAUGUGAGACAGAUGUUAAUGUGGUCUCAGUGAGGAUGUGAGACAGAGGUUAAUGUGGUCUCAGUGGGGAUGUGAGGCAGAGGUUAGUGUGGUCUCAGUGAGGAUGUGAGACAGAGGUUAAUGUGGUCUCAGUGGGGAUGUGAGGCAGAGGUUAGUGUGGUCUCAGUGAGGAUGUGAGGCAGAGGUUAAUGUAGUCUCAGUGAGGAUUCCCCAGAGGGGAUGUGAGACAGAGGUUAAUGUGAUCUCAGUGAGGAUUCCCCAGAGGGGAUGUGAGACAGAGGUUAAUGUGGUCUCAGUGAGGAUGUGAGACAGAGGUUAAUGUGGUCUCAGUGAGGAUGUGAGACAGAGGUUAGUGUGGUCUCAGUGAGGAUGUGAGACAGAUGUUAAUGUGGUCUCAGUGAGGAUGUGAGACAGAUGUUAAUGUGGUCUCAGUGAGGAUGUGAGACAGAUGUUAAUGUGGUCUCAGUGAGGAUGUGAGACAGAUGUUAAUGUGGUCUCAGUGAGGAUGUGAGACAGAGGUUAAUGUGGUCUCAGUGAGGAUGUGAGACAGAGGUUAAUGUGGUCUCAGUGAGAAUUCCCCAGAGGGAACAACAGAAGGACAGACACACUGUGACAUCACACCACUGAACCCUGGACGUAUGACCCCUUAUCCCACAGCACGUGUGGUUCCUCAAUUAAAAGUUUCAAGUUUAUGCCGGAACCGUUUGUGGUAGAUGGUGGCAGAUUGUGGUAAAUUGCAUUGUGUGUCAUUGCACCACACUAUCACAAGGGGGAGUUAGAGCGCUGAUUUUGAUUUCUCUCCCUCUAAAAACAGAUAGAAAUAAUUUUUAAUAACAAACUGGCUUUAUUUACCACAGUGUGAAAGGCUGAUAGCCCCUCUAUAUAGAGUUUCUGAAACACAGAGUCCUUCUUUGCUGAUGUGAAGAAGAAACGGAAUGAAAGAGAGUCCAGUGAGGAUCGGGAGGGAAAAAGGUUUCCCAAGUCCUGAGCAAUUUUUUUAUUAACCCUUAUUUUACCAGGUAAGUUGACUGAGAACACGUUCUCAUUUACAGCAACGACCUGAGGAAUAGUUACAGGGGAGGGGAAGGGAGGGAUCAAUGAGCAAAUUUUAAGGGACGCUCUCUUGAUAAGUGUGUGAAUUGGACCAUUUUCCUGUUAAAAUGUAACAAGUACUUUUGGGUAUCAGGUAGUAAAAAGUACAUUAUUUUCUUCAGGAAUGUAGUGAAGUAGAAGUAAAAGUUGGCAAAAAUAUAAAUUGUGAAAGUACAGACACCCAAUAAAACGACAUAGAACAUCAAA